CAAAAGGAAAGCAAACGAAGAAGAAGGACAGCAGACCAAUCAACCAACCAACACAACAAGCAACAAAGCAAGCAAAGGCGCACAAAGACACAACGCAACAAGACAGGCACAUAUCAGCACAUAAGCACCACACACACACACACACACACCCAAAGAGCAUGCAGACACACGCACCUGUGAUGACACGCGCUCUGUUCCUGACGGUGGCCGUGGCCGUCCUGGCCGCGUCGCUCGGCUUGCGCAAGGGCACAGGGGUUGCCCUUGCUGCGGGACAAGACAACGACCGCAGCAGCGACCCAGAGUAUGUGCUGGACGUGAUGAACCGAACCUACUUCUAUGGCGUGACACGGCCCAUGGUGGAGCGGCUGUUGAACCGCAGCGGCAUCCCACACUUGAUUGACAUUCUCGAUAUGGGUGACGGUUUUGCGCACCAAGACAACACAGUCGUGUUCCUUGGCUACCUUUCCAACGACUCCGACAGCGGCGUGGACGCGUUGCGCGACUAUUGGACCGGGUUUUCCACGGCUGCCACCCCGGCCGCACGGCGCUCGGCACUGCUUAUUCCGCAUGCGCUCGGCCUGAUGAUACAGCUGCGUCAGUCCGCCAAAGCGCGCGCGUUUGCCCUGGAGCUGCUGGCAGACCUCAACCUGCCGCUUGUCAGCCCCAUUCACCGCAUUCUGCCGAAGCUCUCCUCGCGGCGCGAAGAACAGGUGGAGGCUGCCGUGGCCUUGGUCAAGCAGCUCGUGCGCGGCCUGGCGUUUGACAACAACAGCGUUGCCAUGACUGGUAUUGAACGCGUCCGCACGGGUGUGAACGGCCUUCCCGGCAACAGCGACUUGGCAGAGGUGCUGCGAGACAUCUCCACAGCCCUGGAGCGUGAAGUGGAGGACGGCAUUCAUCGAGACCUGGAUAAUCAACACGACUACGGGGACGGGUUCUUCUCAUUUUCGCCACGCGAGCGCAACGACGAGGCCUUGAUCAACAUCGGUGACGAUGACACGGACGACAGCGAGGCGGUACUCGCCAUUCAGAUGACGUGGUGCCAGCACCGCGCCAUCUCCGACCCCUUCACAAGCGAGCUCGUCACAAACAUUGCGGACGAAAUGUCCGCCAUCACCAUUGGCGCGCAGGCCUCCUUUGACACCGCGUGCUGCGUGGGGUUCCAGAAUGGGGGGCAAGGCAGCCCCUUUGGGUACGAGGGCGACGGGCUAAGUGUCGUCGAUAACCAACAAGAGGCCGACAACGUCUUCAACCGCAACUGUGGUCGAGUCAAGGCGAUCAAUGCGCUAAACUACUGUGGCCAACCGGCCUCCAACGUCAUUGGCUGUGCGCCCGUUGGCGGCGACACGCAGAUCCUUGUCCGCCUCGCAAACUACGAGCGCGAUGCACGGCUCUGGCUCCAUGAGACUGGCCACAAUGUCGGCCUUGAGCACAACUCGAUGAGCAAAGACUUUGUCAUGUACCCCACCCUCACCGGCGACUCAAAUGACAAUUUUGCGCUGACGAGCGAAGAGUGCGGUGCAUUCACGUACCCGCCGCCAUCUGCAAAGGUGACGAAACAACCAGCAGAGAACCUGACGUGCGAUGCAAACGCAACAGCGCCGCCCAACGACAACAACAACAGCGACGGAAGCGGCGGCCUCAACACCACCACAUCCUGGGUCAUCUUCGGUAUUGGCAUGGCCAUCCUCGUCGCUGGCAUCGCGCUCGCCGGGCUCAUGUGGAACGACAAGCGCCAGCAGCCGCCGCCACCCAUCCACUCCGAGGUCUGAUCAAAGCACACGCCACAGCAACCAAGCAACCAAGCAACCAAGCAAGCAUCGGGAACAACUGCAGCUUUGAGGCAACAUGGCAUGACAUGAUGCCUUCUCUGCUCCUAUUCCCCUUGUGUUUGUGUAGUUACAUGGGGUUUGUGUCGCUUGCUGUCGUGGAGUGUGAUUUGUUACAACCCACUCCGCUCGCAACUGUGGUGCACAAUCUUAAGUCUGUUGACCCACAUUUGUUUUUCAUGCCCUCCCUCCCCUUUAUGUGAGCAUUCAACUGUGCUGUUUGAUGUGUGUCUUGUUGGCGGACACGUGUGUGGACACCAUGUGAGAGCACGCACACACAUCAAAGUAAUACUGACAACUGUCGUCCAACAGCGCACACAACUCAAAUCAC